UAGACAUCCGAGGUUACAUUAAUUUCCAGCAAGCUGAAAAUUGGUAGGAUUGUUGGAAACACCAUCAUAAAUUAAAUCUAAAAAGUCCUCAUCGAUCCGAGACCUGGAAAAAAAUUUACUUGGGGUCAAAGGUCACAAAAACUGUUUUUUCACGAUUUUCAGCCAAACGGUAUUAAUCUUCUUUUCUCAAUAAUGAUCAAAAAGUUGCACUAAAUUGUAAAAACAAAAAUGGCUCACAAUUCUGAAGAACUGCAUAGUCUUCGUCAUGAUGAAAUUAAACCUGAAAUUGUUAUUGGAAACGGAAAAUCCAAACAAUCCAUUCCACUUGGUGACCAGCGAAAGGCUGUAUUAAGACAAGAAUUAAUGGUAUUUUUAAUAAAUCUUGGAAUUCUAGUUGGUGGAAUGAGUUUGGCACUUCCAGCUGUUACCCUUGAUCAAUUAACAAAUCCUGCAGAACCAAUUCACUUGGACAAAUCACAAUCUUCUUGGUUUGCGUCAGCAAGUUCCAUCGCAUGUCCUGUGGGAUCCUUUUCGGGAGUCUUUUUAGUGGACAAAAUUGGGCGAAAAAAAUCAAUACUUCUUGUCAAUCUUUUCGCUAUAAUCGCAUGGAUUUUAAUGUCAACAGCAUUUUAUGACAAUCCAAGUUUGGUAUUUCUGCAACUUAUGAUUUCCAGAAUGUUUUCUGGACUUGCCACGGGAAUGGGUGGUUCCCCGGCUUCUGUGUAUGGGGCAGAAGUAUGCCUGCCAAAACUUCGAGCAAGAUUAACAAUGGUUGCCUCUAUGGCAAUUGCUGCGGGAGUCCUUUUUGCUUACGUUGUUGGCUAUUUUAUUAGAAAUGAUUGGCGAUUAAUAGGAAUGGUUUACUUGGUCUACCAGAUUAUCUGUUUAAUUUUACUAAUUCCAGUUAAAGAGACUCCAAGUUGGCUUUUAUCAAAAGGACGAGUUAAAGAAGCAAAGGCUUCUUUAUCAUACUUUAGAGGACUUGAUGAUGGUGAAACCCAUGACGAAGUUGAAGCUGAGUUUGCUUUACUCAGAAAAACUAUUCCACUUAAAUCAAAAGGCAUAAAGAAAGUAUCAAUAUGGAAAUCUAUUCGUCUUCCUGAAGUUCACAAACCCUUACUACUUGGAGUCAUCUUCUUUGCCUUCCAGCAGUUUUCAGGAACUUUUGUUGUUGUUGUUUAUGCUGUUCAAAUUAUAACAAAAGCUGGAGUUGAAGCAGAUCCGUUUUUAUGUGCAAUUUAUGUCGGAAUAGCCAGAUUUGUUGUAGCUUCCGUUGUAAUGACAUGGCAAUUGGAGAAAUGGGGUCGUCGUCCAGUUAGUAUAUUCUCAGCUGCUACUACAUCUAUUUGUCUCUUUCUACUUGCUGGACCAACUUGGUUCCCAUGGUUGCAAAUACCAACUCUCUCAGCAGCUGUUAUAGUUGGUUUCGUCGUUUCUUCAGCAGGUCUCUGGACAAUUCCAUUUUUAAUUCUUCCCGAAAUUUUUCCACAAAAAGUUAGAGGUUCAUUUUGUGGAAUAUCAAUUGGAUGUGCAUAUCUUUUAUCAUUUAGUUCGAUAAAAAUUUUCCCUUCAUUAAUGGAUUGGAUGGGUGGCAAUGGAAAUGUUUUUGCAUUUUAUGGUACAAUGGCGUUGUUGUCGAUAUUUUUUGUGUAUUGGUUUAUUCCGGAGACAAAAGGGAAAACUUUUUUGGAAAUUGAAGAUUAUUUUCGAAGGAGAAAAAGUACAAUUCAUGAAAAUGAUGUGGAAGCUAAAGAAUGUUGUGUUGGUGUUGUUCCAAGAGAAGUUUAAUAAAUAUU